AUGCACCUUUAACGUUAGGUGCCACCCGCCAGUAAACAGCAAAAAGAAGACGACGAAGAAGACGACGAAGAAGACGAACAACGCGGCGGUGGUUGCUUACUUGGCAGAGAAAAUGAGUGAGCUGGAGGAUAUCAGUCUUCACAUUCAUGACAGGAUAUCAUCCUUACAACGCAUGGUUGAUCUAUCAGUUGUUGAAUUGCCUCAAAAUAAAAAUAGGAAACUUGGACAAGAACUGUUUGCCCUGGAGAGCCUUUUAGAGGAGUUUGAAAAACGUGUAGGCCAGCAGAAGGAGCAACUAAAGCAUUUAAAGAAACUUGAGGAGGUAUUCAAGAAGGAUGUGGAAGAUGUCCAUCACAUGAAGGACAACAUACCUGCACACAUGCCCAUGAAGAAAGUCCCAACAUGUGGAACUGAACCUGUUUUGAACAAGAAAGAAGCAGCAGAUGUUCAACUUGUCCAACCAGAAAAUGUAAAAAAGACCAGCAAAAGCUACAUCAAAGAGAUGGAGUUUAUCACUGUACCAGAGUUUGAGAACAUCCCACCGUACAUGAAAGGACGUGUUUCAUAUGAUCAUAUUAAUGCUGUGGUGCAGAGCAUUAACAAAGCUGUAACAGCCAAGUACAAGGUCCUCCAUCAGUCAGUGAAAACUCUGAGUAAUCAUGCACGCAAACUUCACCAACGCUUCAAGGACCAGGACACGAAAGCUACAAAAGGUCAGUACUUUGUGGUGGAGGAUGACAUUCGGGAAUUUACAUCAAUGAAGGUGGACAAACGAUUUCAAGGGAUUUUGAACAUGCUUCGACACUGCCAGCGUCUGCGGGAGCUGCGAGGGGGAGGCCUCACUCGCUAUAUUUUAUUAUGAAUGAAGGCUCAGUCACAUUAUGCUUUCAGUUAUGAUCUUCUUUUCAAACCAACAGUGAUUGUAAGUGUGGUUAUUACCUGGUUAUUUGUAGUCACUGUAAUCAAAAGAUUUUCCUGAUAUUAGGAAGACUGCUUUAUGCAGUGUGUACACUGUCACAUGGUGUUUACUUGAGCUCAAUCCCCUCAUAUUCUAUUACAAAGCAUUGUUCCAAGGACAUUCAUUUGUAAUACAACAUGCAUGUCUGUAGAACAUGUAUAGAACAUGUAUGUCUGUAUUUUAUGGUGUAGAAAAUAAAUAAAAAAAAAAAAGAUUUGUAUCAUUCA